CCGGCGGGGGCCCUCGCUCGCCGCGGCUCCGGGGCGGGAGGCUCGAGGCGCGGCUGGGGCGGCUCGCGGGCUCCCGGCCGUGCGGCGCGGCGCGAUGGAGGAGCUGGACGGCGAGCCCGCGGUCACGUUAAUUCCUGGCGUGAAUUCCAAGAAAAAUCAAAUAUGUUUCGACUGGGGGCCUGGAGAGAUGCUGGUGUGUGAAACUUCCUUCAAUAGAAAAGAAAAGUCACCAUUGCCUGGGUGUCCGUUCAUCUACAUCGUCCGAAAGGAUGAAGAGAUUUACUCUCAAAUCUUGAGAAAACUCUUCAAUGAAUCCCAUGGAAUUUUUGUGGGCCUCCAGAGAAUUGAAGAUGAACUGACUGGGAAGUCCAGGAAAGCUCAAUUGGUGCGAGUGAGUAAAAACUACCGAUCCGUAAUAAGAGCAUGCAUGGAAGAAAUGCACCAGGUUGCAACUGCUGCCAAAGACCCCGCCAGUGGCCAUCAGUUCAGCUCUCAGAUUUCCAUUCUGUCAGCCAUGGAGCUCAUUUGGAAUCUCUGUGAGAUUCUCUUUAUUGAAGUCGCCCCAGCGGGGUCCCUCCUCCUGCACCUCCUGGACUGGGUCCGGUUGCACGUGUGCGAGGUGGACACUUUACUGGCCGACGUACUGUGCAGUGAGGCUCCGAGCAAGCAUGAGCACUUCUGGAAGUUGGUGACCACGCUGGUGCUCCAGGGCCGGCUGGACGAGGCCCGCCAGAUGCUGUCUAAGGAGGCCGACGCUACCCCCGCCUCGGCAGGCACGUGCCGCCUCAUGGGGGAGCUGAUGAGGACGAUGCCCAUCCUGAGUCCGGGCAGCACUCAGACCCUCACCGAGCUGGAGCUGAAGUGGCAGCACUGGCGCGAGCAGUGCGAGCGCCGCCUCCAGGAUGGCACGUUCGCCGCUAGCCCCCCCCUGGAGACGCUCUGCAAGGUUAUGCUCGGAGAUGAAGAGGCCCUGCUGGGGCAGAAGGAGCUUCUGAGCAACUGGUACCACUUCCUGGUCACCCGCCUCCUCUACUCCCACCCCACGGUCAAGCCCAGCGACCUGCACUUCUACGCCCAGUCCAGCUUUGACCUCUUCCUGGGCGGUGACAGCAGCCCAGAGCCCCUGGACAACAUCUUGCUGGCAGCCUUUGAGUUUGACAUCCACCAGGUGAUCAAGGAGUGCAGCAUCGCCCUCAGCAACUGGUGGUUCGUGGCGCACCUGACUGACCUGCUGGAUCACUGCAAGCUCCUGCAGUCGCACAACCUCUAUUUUGGGUCCAACAUGCGGGAGUUCCUGCUGCUGGAGUAUGCGUCCGGGCUGUUCGCACACCACAGCCUCUGGCAGCUGGGGGUGGAUUACUUUGACUACUGCCCGGAGCUGGGGCGCGCAUCACUGGAGCUGCACAUUGAGCGGAUCCCGCUGAGCACGGAGCAGAAGGCGCUCAAGGUGCUGCGCGUGUGUGAGCAGCGGCAGAUGACGGAGCAGGUGCGCAGCAUCUGUAAGAUCCUGGCCAUGAAGGCCGUCCGCAACAACCGCCUGGGCUCUGCACUCUCCUGGAGCAUCCGCGCCAAGGACGCCGCCUUCGCCACGCUCGUGUCCGACAGAUUCCUCAGGGAUUACUGUGAGCGUGGCUGCUUCUCAGAUCUGGAUCUCAUUGACAAUCUGGGCCCCGCCAUGAUGCUCAGUGAUCGGCUGACGUUCCUGGGGAAGUACCGCGAAUUCCACCGCGUGUACGGGGAGAAGCGUUUCGGUGAUGCUGCGUCCCUCCUCCUGUCACUCAUGACGUCGCAGAUUGCCCCGCGUUCCUUCUGGAUGACGCUCCUCACGGAUGCCCUACCCCUCCUGGAGCAGCAGCAGGUGAUCUUCUCGGCCGAGCAGACAUACGAGCUGAUGCGGUGCCUGGAGGACCUGACACUGGAGGCGCCAGCACGUGGGGAGCCCGGGGCGGGGCCGCUGCAGGAUGAUGACAUAGAGACCACCAAGGUGGAGAUGUUGAGACUUGCCCUGGCACGGAAUCUUGCCCGGGCAAUUAUAAAAGAAGGCUCGUCAGAAGGCUCCUGAGGCCAGCCUGGAGCUGCUACCUCAGGGUGGAUUUGUAAGGCAAUGUAUAUAAAAU